AUGCCCACCAUAUUCCAACGAGCACAUCCGGAAUAUUCCGUGCGAAAUGCCUCUAGGAUAUUAUAUCAACGGUUGAACCCCUCCUAUUCACUUUGUUCGCGACAAUCUCGUCGGAAUGCGAGUGCCUCAACAUCUAAUGACCGCAUCAUUUUCUCUGGUAUCCAGCCUACCGGAGAACCUCACUUGGGCAAUUACCUGGGAGCAUUGAGGCAAUGGGUUCUACUACAAAAUGAAGCUGUUCCUCCUACGAAAUUGUUAUUUUCCAUCGUGGAUCUCCAUGCCCUCACUAUUCCGCAAGAUCCUACAAUUCUUCGACAACGGCGGAAACAACUGUUGGCUACAUUGAUAGCUGUCGGGAUUGACCCGAAUCGAUCCACUGUCUUUUUUCAGUCUGCGGUCCCAGCGCACUCUGAAUUGAUGUGGAUCUUAAGCACCAUAUCUUCGAUGGGAUAUUUAUCACGGAUGACGCAAUGGAAAAAAAAUUCACUGGCAAACAAUGCUAGAGUUGGCACCGAUAACAAAAAAACCAGAGCAACCGAUGUGCCCAUAGGAGAAGAUCAAAAGCAGCAUCUUGAGUUCACGCGGGAAGUGGCGAACGGUUUCAAUCACUUAUACGGUCCAGUGCUCACCAUGCCAGCUCCAUUGAUAUCCCCAGCGAAAAGAGUUAUGUCGCUGAAGCAGCCAAUGUUGAAAAUGUCCAAAUCACAUAAUGACCCCCGAUCUCGAAUUCUCCUCACGGACUCGGCGGAGGACAUCCACCAAAAGAUAAAACUUGCCCUCACAGACUCUGAACCGGGAAUUAGCUAUGACCCUUCCAGGCGACCCGGCGUCUCUAACCUUAUUGAGAUUCUCGGCCAUGUUCAGGGAGGAGAUGGAAGCAGGAGUUUUGUAGAAAUGGGGCGGGAACACCAGCGGCUGAGCAUGCGGGCUUUCAAGGAGCAUGUGGCCAGCACCCUCAUAAAGCACUUGAAAGGGAUCCGGGAAAGGUAUUUGGAACUUACGAACAACACGUCUGGCUACAUUGACAAAGUUGCGGAAGAUGGUGCAAAAAUUGCCAGGGACAAUGCCGAUAUUACGCUGAUAAGUCUACCCGAACUGCGGUCGUCAUACUACUUUCGUCACUGUAGACUGUAA